AUGGAAAUGAUUCUUACAUUGAUACGAAUGAUAUCACAUACUAUAAAUCCAUUCCGAAGUUUCAAACAUAUAAAUUUUUAUUAUAAUUGUAUAAUGCAACAUGGAAAAUGUGCACGAUGGACACAUCAAACUAUAAAUUUAAUUUUCUACAUUAUAAUCUUUCAUCAUAUACAACUGUAUUUUAUACAAUGGUCACAUAAUUAUCGAAUUCUUCUAUACGAUAUUUUUUACAUCAUGAAAUUGGAUCCAAUCUUGAAUGUUCUUUAUGCAUUGUUAAUAUUUGUAAUAUUAUGCUUUGAACAUGCUCAUUAUUUUCGAUUGAAUUCUGGUAGAGUGUUAAAAAUUAUAAUCAACUCUUUGGAUAAAUCGGAUAAGUCGUACUUUGAUUUGAAAACAAACAAAUUCUUUAAUAUAUCAAUCAAAUAUCGACCUGGUCGAUCACCAGCCAAUUUAAGGAAGCUGACCAUACAAUUUGAAAAAUAUAUCUACUAUCUAGGACAAUUAUUUCUUCUGUUCCUAACUUUUGUUAACAUAUUUUGGCAUAUUCAAUUAAUCAAUUCGAUUAUAGAGAAUGAAUCAUUCUAUUUAAAUAAUUCUUUAAUCGUAAAUGUCAUCAAAAUUUUAAUAUCUGAAUUAAUGUUAAUUCUUUUGUUGACAUCAUUCUAUUCAUUUCUCAAUUAUGUCCGUCACGCAGGAAUAAUAGUCAUCUCUUGUUGUGCAGCUGGAUUAUUUAAAUUUCGACAACUUGAUGAAUUUCUUGUAGAUUAUUUUCAUCAAUUAACGCCGUAUAAAUUACGAAUAUUUUUCAUUUCACAUACAGAAACAAUUCGAUUGAUGUUCGAAAUGAAUAGAAUAUAUUCAUUACCAUGUACGGUUUAUAUAUUUGCCAAUAUUCCUUUCAAUGUAUUUCUUAUUAUGACAACAUUAUUUGCUGCAUCUGGAAAGGAUAACAUUGAACUAAUUAUGAUUUCAUUGAUGAUCAUUCAACAAUUUAUCGGUUUAUUUGGUGUUCAUUUAUUGAUUGCAUCAUUUUCAAAACAUAUCCAUAAAAAAAAUGUACCACGAUUAUUAUCAUUAAAUGCCCGUGCACGUUUUGAUUCGUUUCAAACGCAUUUUAAAGUGGUAAAUUUCAUUCAAAAAUUUCAUACACAAAACCGUUAUGGUCCUACCUAUUAUCGACAUGGUACAUUAUCAUUGAAUACGUUCUUGAAGUCAUUGAUUAUCUAUCAGAAGGUAAUAAUUAUGGUGUAUAAAAUAUAUAAGAAUGCAAAACAAACAUGACC